AUGCAUUUCUCGACUGUCUGCGCCGUGCUCGCGGCACCCCUCGCCGCCGUUGCAGCCCCGAGCCCGACCCGGACUACGACUAGCUUUGAUCUUGCUAGUAAAGUCUUGGCUUCCAGGCAGGCAAUGAAACCUCCGCCGUUCUGCGUGCGACAGGACCCGCCGCCUUCCGAGGAGGAGACCGAAAAGCUCUUCGACGCGUUCGCUGAGGCUUUCAUCACCAAGAACAACAUUACCGAGGCCUUUACUUACAUCGCCGAGGACUACAUCAAUCACAACCCUCUUGCCCAGAAUGGCUUCAUGAGCGCCUGGAACAUUCUAAGUGGUAUCUGGGGAGGGAUUCAGAAGACCCUUCUUAAAACGGCGUUCGACGGAGACAUGAGCUGGGUCAACUACCAGUCUAGUGGCAUGGGUACGAUUGUCGAUAGGUUUAGGUGGGAAGGUGGCUGCAUUGCUGAACACUGGGAUCAAGGCGAGCGAAUGCCCUGA